AUUAUUAUUUUUUUCCUGGAUGCACAAACCAGCACAAACGGUAAAUUUGUUCAUUGUUGUCGAUGAGCAUUGACGAGACUCGUUUAUUCUUUUAAUUGUUGAGAGAAAAAUAUAAUUGAUAAAAACUUGCUGCUCAAUUGUUGUCUGAUAAAACAAAAAUAAAAUAUGGCUGACUCAGAUGAUGAGUAUGACAGAAAAAGAAGAGACAAAUUCAGAGGUGAAAGACCUGAAUCAUAUUCACGAGAAGGACGUAGAGAUGACAGAAGACGAGAUGCUGAAUGGGCAGAAAGAGAAUGGUCAAGUAGAUCAAGAGCCAGACCAGAUUACAGAGAAUAUCGUGGUGGUGGUGGAGCUGGUGGCAGAGAUAGAUACAGUCCAGGAAGAUCACAAGAUAUGGCACCACCAAUGAAACGUAUGCGAUCAGAUUGGGAUGAUGGUGGUUCAAGAUAUCCACAUUCUGAUUAUUAUGGUGGUGGUGGUGGCGGCGGUGGAGGUGGAGGUAGUGGAGGAAGUUCUUGGGCACCAGAUCAUUUUCCACCACGACAUCAUGGUAAUCAUCAUUUUGGUAACCACAAUAACAGCAGCAGUAAUAGUGCAAGCCGAGAAGCAGCUGGAAAUUUCAACAAUUCAAAUGUUGAAACACAACCUCCAAUGAUGACUUUUAAAUCAUUCCUUGCAACUCAAGAAGACACAAUAACUGAUGAAGAAGCAAUAAAACGUUACAAUGAUUAUAAAUUGGAAUUUCGUCGUCAACAAUUAAAUGAAUUUUUCGUUGCACACAAAGAUGAAGAAUGGUUCAAGAUUAAAUAUCAUCCAGAAGAAUCGAUCAAACGAAAAGAGGAACAGAUAACAGGAUUAAAGAAACGAAUUGAUGUAUUUUUGGAUUUGUUGAAUUCUGAUCAAAUUGAUAAAGUAUCAAUUGACGCUGAUCAAGCUGAUCCUCUUCUUAAACUUUUGGAUUCAGUUGUUAUAAAGCUUGAAGGUGGUACAGAAGAGGAUUUAAAAGUUUUAACUGCAAAACCUCUAUUGAAAGAACCAGUUAGUAAGCCAAAAGAGCCAGAAGUAAAUAAAGAACAACAAGCAUCAACAGAAACUGAUAAAGUUGAUAAUAAAAAUACUGAUGAGACAGAAAAAUCAAAAGAUAAUGAUAAAGAACAAGUUAAUGAAUCAGAAGAAAAAAAAGCAGAUGAACCAAUGGAUGAAGAAGCAGAAGCAGAACAAAAAGAUACUGAAAAAGAAAAAAAUGAUACAGAAGAACAAAAUGGUGAUGUUGAAAUGAAAGACAAUGAAAAAACUGAUGAUAAAAUUAGUGAUAAAGAUGAUGAGGAUGAUGAUGAAAAAACAAUGGAUCAAGAUGAAGAAAAAGAAACAAAAAAAGAUGACGAAGAUGAUGAUGAAAAAUCAAAAGACGAUGAUAAACCAAUUGAAGAAAAAAAAGAUACUAUUAAUAUUAAAAAAAGAAAACGAACAGAUAGUAAUUCAAGUUCAAGUAGUUCAUCAAGUAGUUCAUUAACAGAAUCAGAAAAACCAGAAUCACCAAAAGUUGAUGAUGAAGAAAAAGAAAAAGAUAAAUCAGAUGUUGAGCCUGAUAAUGAAGAAGAAAAAAUGGAUAAUGACGAUAAUAAUACAGAAGAAAAAAAUGAUAAAAAUGAAAUAACUGAUUCAGAAAAAAAAAAUAAUGAACCAGAAGCAGUUAUUGAUUUAGCAAGUGAAGAUAAAGAUAAAGAACCACGUGCAUUACAUAAAACAAGUUCAAUAUUUUUAAGAAAUUUAGCACCAUCAAUAACAAAAGCUGAAGUUGAAGCAAUGUGUAAAAGAUUUCCUGGUUUUUUACGUGUUGCAAUUGCUGAUCCACAACCAGAACGUCGUUGGUUUCGUCGUGGUUGGAUAUCAUUUGAGCGUCAAGUUAAUAUUAAAGAAAUAUGUUGGAGUUUAAAUAACAUACGUUUACGUGAUUGUGAACUUGGUGCAAUUGUUAAUCGUGAUUUAUUACGUAGAAUAAGACAAGUUAAUGGUAUAACAUCACACAAACAAAUUGUAAGAAAUGACAUUAAAUUAAGUGCUAAAAUUGUACAUAAUUUGGAUACAAAACUUGGUUUAUGGAAUGAUGAUAAAAAAAAUGAUAACAAAAGUGAUAAAAAAAAAGAAGGAUAUGAAGCUGAACAAGUUGCAUUUGGUUUAAAUUCUAAAAAUCCAGUUUUAAAAAAUAUAACUGAUUAUCUUAUUGAAGAAGCAUCUGCUGAAGAAGAAGAAUUACUUGGUAUGUCAGGUGAUCAAGAAGAAGGACAACUUGGUGAUGAUAGUCCAUUUGAAAGAGAUCCAUCAUUAAUUAAAGUACUUGAUAGAUUAAUACUUUAUUUACGUAUUGUACAUUCAGUUGAUUAUUAUAAUCAUUGUGAAUAUCCAAAUGAAGAUGAAAUGCCAAAUAGAUGUGGUAUAAUGCAUGUACGUGGUCCAGUACCAAGUGCUAAAAUAACAUCAUCUGAAAUAACUGAUUAUUCACGUAAUUUUGAAACAAAAAUGUCAACAUUUUUAACACCAACUGUUACUGUUAAAACAGAUGAUUAUAAUAAACUUGGUGCUAAAGAUGCUGAUGCUGAAGUUGAAAAAUUUGUACAAGCUAAUACACAAGAAUUAUCAAAAGAUAAAUGGUUAUGUCCAUUGAGUGGUAAAAAAUUUAAAGGACCUGAUUUUAUUAGAAAACAUAUUUUUAAUAAACAUGCUGAAAAAGUAUCUGAGGUUAAAGCUGAAGCUGAAUAUUUUAAUAAUUAUUUAAAAGAUCCAAAACGACCAAUUUUACCAGAACAUCCUGGUAAUAAAGCACCUGUACGUGAAGCUCCAAGAGAAAAUUUCCCGGCAUUUGGUGGAAUGGGAGGAGGAUUUGGAGGAUUUGGUGGUAACUUUGGUGGAAGUUCACGUGGUAACUUUGGAGGUGGUGGAGGAGGCGGAGGAGGAGGAUAUGGUGGUGGUGGUGGUGGUGGUUUUGGUGGAGGCUUUGGUAUGUCUCGUCCAAAUCGUGGUGGAUUCAGAGGCCGGGCUGCUCCAGACUCGGGAUCGAGACCAAUUGUAACUUAUAAUGAUCUGGAAUUAUUAGACGAAGACAUAUUCUGAAUUGCUCAAUGAAAAAAAGACAUUCAUUUCUUUCGUCUUUAAACAAAAAGAAAAGAACAAAAUUUAAUUUAAAGCCAUUUCAUUUAAUGCUAGGACAUUACCUUUCUUCGGUUUUUUUUUUCUUUCUUUUUUUAAUUACAAAUGCUUUUUUAUAUUAUUAUUAUUAUUAAAAAACUACGUGACUUUUGUUAUAGACAACGAAUGAAA